CGAUGAUCUGCCUGACUGAAUCGAGUUCAAAGUAGGACGACUUUCAUUCUUCCCUUUCGAGUUUGAGUUUCCCCAAAUGCGACCUGCGUUGGCCAUCAUUGCGUGCGUUGCUGCGCUGUCUGCCACGACGGUUUCAGCCCUGAACAAUGGACUGGCAAAGACACCUCCGAUGGGAUGGUCGUCGUGGAACACGUUCGAGUGCGACAUUAGCGAGACACUCAUCCACCAGAUUGCAGACACGAUGGUCUCGUCGGGACUGGCCAAGGCGGGGUUUCAGUACAUCAAUCUGGACGACUGCUGGAUGUCUGGUCGCGAUCCGACGACUGGCCGCUUGGUGCCAGAUGCAACCAAGUUUCCCAGCGGCAUGUCUGCACUGAGCGAGUACAUUCACAGCAAAGGCUUGAAAUUUGGCAUGUAUGUGAGCGCCGGUGACAUUACUUGCAUGGGCUUUGCUGGCACCAAGGGCCACGAGCAGAUUGAUGCAGAGACGCUCGCCGAGUGGAAUGUCGACUACCUCAAGAUGGAUUGCUGCAACCAGACCGAUCUCGUGGAGGCGCACGGCGUCUAUGUGGCAAUGAGCGACGCGCUGCUCUCCACCCGCCACGAUAUUCUGUUCAGCUGCGAUACGGAUGAGCUCUUGAUGCGCAUGAACAACCACGAGGCGCCGUGGGACUGGGCGCCAGGGCGCUGCAACGUUGCGCGCAUUUGGCUGGACAUCAAGGACAACUGGCCAAACCUGAUGGACAUUGUCGAUCACGCAUCCAACGUCAUGUACGCCUCGGGCCCCGGCUAUUGGAACGACCUCGAUAUUCUCACCGUUGGCAUGGGCGGGCAGACGGAUGCGCAGUACCGCUCGCACUUUUCGCUGUGGUGUCUGCUCGGUUCGCCGCUGUUGCUUGGAAACGACAUUCGCAACAUGACUCUGGCCACACUGAACAUUCUUACGGCGACUGAAGUCAUUGCGGUGAGCCAAGACCCGCUUGCCAUCGCUGGUGAGCGCAUUCGGACGUCGAUCGACGGCACCAUGCAGGUGUUUGCCCGUCCCGUGGAGGGUCCCCCUGGCACGGCUGCAGUUGUGUUGUUCAACCGCGCUGCGGUUGCUCAGAACGUGACGUUUGACUUUUACAACGACCUGUACCAGAACAACUUUUGCUGCCCGCCGCGCACUCCAGCCAUCACUGUCGCCGUUCGUGAUCUCUGGCAGCGUCAAGAUCUUGGCACGGCAGUCAACACCACCUCGUUUGUCAUUCCUGCACACGAUGUGGUCAUGGUGAAAUUGACGCCGAUUGCAUGAGUUGGCUGGUGAAUGUGGAUGCGGGUUUGUGCCUGUUCUCCUGUGCUCUCGGCAAUGUUGUGAAUGUUAAACUGCGUCUCUGCUUGGACGCGUGUCCAUGA